CGUGGGCUGUCAAACAAAUUCGCCGAGGCCCAAAACGAGACACCUUCUCUGCCAGCAAAGUCUAAAGCCCAAACUAGACGCGAGGAAACAAACCGAGAGACCUCCAUCGCCUGCCCCGCCUCCGACGAUGGCCACACCGCCGGCUCCGGUGCCGCCGGCCACCGCCAGCACCGCGCCGGUGCCUCCGCCUCCGCAGGCGCCGUACAAGGCGCCGCCCUUCUCCCAGCCCCCCUCCACCGCCGGCACCGUCAAGGCGGAGAUCCCUCCCGCCGCCGCCUCGACCGCGCCUCACACCGCAGUCGCCGCCGCCGCCGCGGGACCCGCGACCCAGGACUCACCGUACAUCAUCAACGUCCCUAGCUACUCAGCCUGGUUCUCCUACGGCGCCGUCAGCGACACGGAGCGCCGCCUCCUGCCGGAGUUCUUCGAGGGGGAGGCCGGGACCCGGGGCCCCGAGGCGUACACGUACUACCGCGACACCCUCGUGCGGAGGUUCCGGGCGAGGCCGGCGCGGCGGCUCACGCUCACCGAGGCCAGGCGGGGCCUCAUCGGCGACGUCGGCUCCGUGCGCCGCGUCUUCGACUUCCUUGAGGAGUGGGGGCUCAUCAACUAUGGCGCCUCGGCGCCCGGGGUGAAGCAGGGGAGAGACAAGAGGGAGGAGGCGGCGGCGGCGUCUCAGUCUUCCUUGCCUGCUGGGGCGGCCAUGUCCAGGAAGCUCUGCGUAGGGUGCAGCAGCGUCUGCGGCUCUGCCUAUUUCACCUGUGAGAAGAAAAACGCCUUCACUUUUGCGUAUGAUCAGGCGGAGAUAAAUAUCUGUUGUAGAUGCUAUGUACGUGCCAACUACCGGCCUGGUCUUACUCCAGCAGACUUCAAGAAAGUUGAAAUUAGCGAAGAUGCAAAAUCAGAUUGGACAGACAAGGAAACUCUUCACCUUCUUGAGGCUGUCUUGCAUUAUGGAGAAAAUUGGAAGAAGGUUUCUGAACAUGUUGGUAGUCGAUCAGAGAAAGACUGCAUUGCUAGACUCAUCCGAUUACCUUUUGGAGAACAGUUCAUGGGAUCCAAGGAUCAGAAGUUGCAGUUUGAGACUGAUGAUGACGUUGCUGAUGAAUCUAGAGCAGAGAUCUCAAAACGGCUUCGUCUCACACCACUGGCAGAUGCAAGCAAUCCAAUAAUGGCUCAGGUGGCGUUCUUGUCUGCCAUUGUUGGCUCAGGAGUUGCGGCAGCAGCAGCUCAAGCAGCUAUCUCUGCACAAUCCCAGGUUGAUAUGAGUGACAGCCUGGUUGAUUCUUCAAUCAGCAGCACCAAGGAAGAAGAAUCUCCCUACACCAAUGGGUUUUCAGCCAACGAUUUACUCAAAGAGGCAUCUGCAAAUGCACAAGUGCAGCUUGAAAAGGAACAGAAGGAUAUAGAGCAAUCUUUAUCCGACAUAGUGGAUGUCCAGAUGAAGGAAAUCCAAGACAAGAUAAACCGUUUUGAGCAGAAGGAGUUGCUAAUGGAGAGAGAGAGGCAGCAGCUCCAUCAUUUACGGGAAUUGCUUUUCAUUGAUCAACUUGCGGUUGUGCAGCAUCAGAGCAGACCGCACCUUGUGAUUGCUGAGAACAAUGAGGAGGAGAAACCAAAACCUGUUACCAUCACGAGUUAAAUCUAAUGGACCUUCAUCAAUAGCAUGGGAGUGCUGUGAGAAUUGGAACUCAGUUCCUCUCCUGUCAACGGUGGAGAUGUUGCUUGAAUCCUGUGAUAAACACUAUAUUACAUUUCUUCUUCUGCUGGCUCUAGAGUAGUAUAUAUUCUAUUUGUGUGUAGCUUCAUCUGAUGUUGUUAAUGGUGUCUAGAAAAACUUUUUUGUAGUCUAGCUAAUGGAAACGGUGUUCUUUCUCAAGUUUGAUA